ACUCAGUUCUAGAAAGAAUGUGUUUCAUGCACUAAAAAAACAUUUGACAAGUGUGGCAACACUGCUUUUCCAGCUCAAUUUCGAAUAUUUUGAGAAGUAGAUUAUGACAUAGAACCCCAUGUGGAUUUUGUUACUGAAUUAAAUUAGUUUAUUUAAGUUUGUUGUCCUUAAUUAAAGGUAAUCGACGUAAGAAUGAAACAUGCGCAGAAUCAUCUGUUAAGCCACUUUUAUUAUUUCUAUCCAUACCGUUGUUAACCUCAGUUUUUAACAAAAUAGUAAAUAUGUUUAAUAAGGUAUUAUACAUAAAAUACCACACCACAGCAUUAAAGUUAGGGAUUACAGCCUUCAAAACAAUACCGUUUAAAUCCGAAAAAUCGUUUAUUAACGGGCAGUGGGUAAGUGCUCAAAGUGGGAAGAAUUUAGAUGUAUUUAAUCCAGCUACCGGCACACUUGUUGGAACUGUUCCUGAUAUGAAUACAGCUGAUACACAGAUAGCCAUUGAUUCGGCUUCCAAAGCUUUUGAAACGUGGAAAAAUACUACUGCUAAAGAAAGAUCACAGAUUCUCAGAAGAUGGUACAGCCUCAUGUUAGAAAACCAAAACACUAUAGCUGAGAUAAUGACUGCAGAGUCAGGAAAAUCAUUACAGGAAUCAAAUGGUGAAGUAAUUUAUGGAAAUUCAUUUGUUGAAUGGUUUUCAGAACUAGCUCGCCAAGUAAGGGGAGAAGUAAUUCCCAGUUCAGAUCGUUCCAAGAAAAUACUAAUCCAUCACCAGCCAAUAGGAGUUGUGGGACUUAUAACACCAUGGAACUUUCCACAUGCCAUGAUUACUCGCAAAGCCUCAGCUGCUUUGUCUGUAGGAUGUACAGUUGUUGUUAAACCUGGGGAAGACACCCCAUUAACAGCUGUUGAAAUAAUGAAAUGUGCUGAGAAAGCAGGUUUUCCACCGGGUGUCAUAAAUUUACUGACGAGCAGUCGGGAAAAUACAGCAGAAAUAGGCAGAUUGUUAUGUAAAAGCCCUCUUGUAGCGGGAAUUUCAUUUACUGGUUCCACUACUGUUGGUAAAAUUCUUUAUAGUCAAUGUGCUCCUGGUAUUAAACGGAUUGGUUUGGAACUCGGAGGAAAUGCUUCUUUUAUAGUAUACAAGUCAGCUAACUUAGAUAAAGCAGUUGAAGGUGCUCUAACUUCUAAAUUUAGAAAUUGUGGUCAAACAUGUGUAGCUUCAAAUCGUUUUCUAAUACAAGCUGAUAUUUUUGAUGCAUUUGUUGAUAAGUUAGUUGCAAAGGUCAAAAAUUUAAAAAUAGGUAAUGGUUUUGAUGAAGGAACUCAGAUAGGCCCUUUAAUAAAUGAAGCGCAACUUCAUAAAGUUUCAAAUUUUGUUGAAGAUGCAGUGUCCAAAGGGGCAAAAGUACUAGUAGGUGGCAAGCCUGCUUCUCAUAUAGGUAAAUUAUUUUAUGAACCAACUGUUCUAAGCAAUAUUACUAGCAACAUGCUUGUCUAUUCGGAAGAAGUUUUUGGCCCAGUUAUAAGUCUUAUUCACUUUAAUACUGAAGAAGAAAGCUUACAUAUUGCCAAUAGUAAUGAUGUAGGUUUAGCAAGUUAUUUUUAUUCUGAAGAUAUCUCUCAGGUGUUUCGAGUGAGUCACAACCUUGAAGUUGGUAUGGUAGGAGUUAAUGUGGGAUUAAUAUCAGCAGCAGAGGCACCAUUUGGUGGUAUAAAACAAUCAGGUUUGGGCAGAGAAGGUUCUCAUCUUGGCAUAGAAGAUUACACUUAUAUAAAAUACACAUGUCUUGGAAAUCUUUAAUAAAAUGUUCUUUAUUAAUAUUAAAGACACUUAAAGAAACAUUUAGAAAAUGGGGCUGUCACAUUUCCUCUUUUUUAUACUCGUAGUUUUGCCAUCUCAUUUUUAAGUGGGUAAAUAGUUUAUUACAACAUAUUUUUCUUUAUUGGACUUUACAAACUAGGAAUAAUUACAUACAUUAUUGCACAUAGUACUAGCCCAAAUUAAGGAUUCUGCACUCUUUUUAUUGCUAGUUUCUGUCCUACUUCUUGUAUUCCCUUAGGUAUCAAAUAUUGAAAUUCUUUAUUUGUUGUUUCCACAAUGGCAUUGUUAUUAUUAUUAGUUUGGCUUAAUUUUAAUAUUAGAUAAUAAAAACCUAUUGUAGUAACUAAAGUCUUCCAGAGGUCUUCCAUAAAUAAAUAUUAGCAAUAAAAAAAUGUAAAAAUUUCAGAACAAGGUAGAAUCAAAAACUCAGGUAUCGGAAGUGGGAAUUCAAAUCUGCUGAUUUGAAUGAUAUUGUAGAAAUUGAUUGAAGAUGAUUAUAAAUAAUUAUUGUCGUUUGUUUAAAUUAUUAAUAAAAAUAUCUAUAAUAAUAUUAGUUUUUAUUGUUUUAAAAACCUACCUAUCAAAGAUUCUAUGUACCAAGCGAAUUUCCUUUUAUCUGAGCAUGAUUCUCGAGCAUAAUGCCUGAUGAUGAACGUAGAACCACUAACCAAAAACGCAUUUUGGUGUGUGGUUGGAAACGGGCUAAAACAUGGCUAAGGCGAUUUGUUUAGUCACUUCCCGGGAUCGUUAGUUCAUUUCCUGUAAUUUUUUGUACUUAUUUUCAAUCAUGGGCAUUUUGGCCAAAGAAAAAUGCAAAAUAAAUUCUAUAGAAAUAUACAGGAUAUCUCAUUUAAAAAAUUCUUUUUGAUGCAUCAAAUUCUCUUAAUUCACAAAAUUAUAACAUAUUGAAACUUGUUGCUUUCAAACAACGAAUAUAAGA